AAAACGAAAACAAAGGAAAAAAAGUGCCAAAAUAGGUUAAACAAUUUUGAAUAAAUUUUCAUUUUACAAGUCUAAGAGUAAGCUAAAUACAUAAUUGAUUAAAAACAACGGAAAUCGUAAUCGAAAUAACUUUAACAGUCACCCCUUUUAAGCAUUAAAUACUGUGAAAGAAAUAUUAGGCUCUGGUGGUUCUGCGUGCUUACAAAAGAGAAAUUAAUUCCGAGACAUGGCCACCAACAGCAGGACUUUCGCACAUAAUAAUAUGAUAGAUGAAGGCACAGUAAGCACAGGGAAUCUUCGCGGCGAUAUUAGCAAAGAGAAUUCAUGCUGCGAAAGCGAAGAAGAAUACGCCAGCCCUCUCGCUAAACAAGAUGAAAGUGAGCAAACAAUGCAAAACGGAAGUGGUCGGAGUAAUUCCGAAGGUUUUAUAGAUAUGCCAGCACCUUCUACUUUAACUGAAGGAACACCUCCCAAAUCUUUAUAUCAGGAGGAACGUAUGAGACGUAAACUGCAAUUUUUCUUUAUGAACCCAAUUGAAAAAUGGCAAGCUCGUCGAAAAUUUCCAUAUAAAUUUGUGGUACAGAUUGUUAAAAUCGUUUUGGUAACUAUGCAGUUGUGCCUGUUUGCCCAUUCGCGAUAUAAUCACAUCAAUUACACUUGGGAUAAUCGCAUAGCGUUUUCACAUUUGUUUUUACGUGGGUGGGACUCAUCUCGCGAAGUGGAGUCUUACCCACCGUCGGUAGGACCAUUUGCUCUCUAUGAAAAAGCAAAAUUCUUCGAUACCAUUGAUUAUGCGAUUAAUGGCUAUGCGACUUUAAAUCGUUCUAUAGGACCCUAUGAUUAUCCGACAAAUGACAACAGCAUGGCAGUCAUGAAACUAUGCUUAUAUAAUUAUCGUGAGGGCAUCAUAUUUGGAUUCAAUGAAUCAUACAUCUUUAAUCCCGAAAUAGAACGAUUAUGUGAAUCUUUGCCAGCCAACGUCACAACAAUCGGCGUUCAAAAAUACUUGUCCCAAAGGGACGUAGAAGUUAGUUUUUCGUCUUUGGUUAAAGCAAGCUUGGAAUUUGCCAUAAAAACGGUAAAUUUUAAAGCCUAUGGUGGACCCUUGUCAGCCCCAGAUUGCUUUAAAUUUAAUAUAACCAUAUGUUUUGAUAAUCGGGAUCAUGACGGUCAAAUGUUACUAUCUCUGGAUGCCGACGCAAUGCGAUUGCAUUGCAACGGUGACGUUGAUUUUAUCUCAGAUGCUGAAUUCGAUGCCAUAUUACGCAGUAUAUUGAAUAUCUUCGUUUUAUUGGUAUGUCUACUAUCGUUCGCGUUGUGCGCACGCGCUUUAUAUCGAGCCUAUUUGCUGCGCUGUCAAACUAUACAAUUUUUUCGAGUACAUUUCAACAAAGAGUUAAGUUUCGAAGGUCGUCUAGAGUUUGUCAAUUUCUGGUAUAUUAUGAUAUUGUUUAAUGAUGUGUUGCUAAUUUUGGGUUCCGCUUUAAAAGAACAAAUUGAACGCAAGUUUCUGGUUGUCGAUCAAUGGGAUACGUGCUCCCUAUUCUUGGGCGUUGGCAAUCUCCUAGUAUGGUUUGGAGUCUUACGCUAUUUGGGUUUUUUCAAAACAUAUAAUGUGGUGAUUUUGACUCUAAAAAAGGCAGCACCCAAAAUUUUUAGAUUCUUAGUAGCUGCGCUAUUAAUAUAUGCCGGCUUUGCUUUCUGUGGCUGGCUUAUACUGGGACCUUACCACAUGAAGUUCCGUUCGCUGGCUACCACAUCCGAAUGCUUGUUCUCACUGAUUAACGGCGACGAUAUGUUUGCUACUUUUUCAACUCUGUCAUCCAAAGCUAACUGGCUUUGGCUAUUUUGUCAAUUGUACCUGUAUUCGUUUAUAUCACUUUACAUUUACGUAGUUUUAUCAUUAUUUAUUUCGGUUAUUAUGGAUGCCUACGAUACGAUCAAAUGCUAUUACCGCGACGGCUUCCCCAUAUCGGAUCUACGCGAAUUCGUUGGCACUCGCACUGAAGAAGAUCUGGUUUCGGGUAUUUUUAUGAAUAACAUGGACGAUUUCGAGCGAAGCACCAUUAUGGAUGCAGUAUAUAAAGUGUGCUGCUGUGGCUGCUGUGAUCGAUUCAAUAACGGCAACUCUCCCACUGGUCCAACAGGGUACACCAGUUUGGAUAGUAUCAUGAAAUGAAAUAUCUAAAAUAAUCUUGCACAUUCAUCUCACAUUGUUUUAAUCAAAGGAUCUGCUAAUAAUGACUAAACUCAGAUGGACAUUGCCAUUGCGUUUAUUGUUGUUUAGUCGAAAUUGUGUUUCACUGAAAUAUGCUUGCUUAGACAAUAGGAAUUUUUAAUUAAAAUAUAUACAUUUACAUACCUAUGACAAUGUUUAUAUACCUCAGUCAUAAUAAAAAUCUUAUGUACAUAAAUACACAUCUGCAUGACUAGCCGUCUAUUUUUUCAUUCAAUCAUUUUACUUUAAAUCACUCUUACAAAUUUUGUUAUUAUUUCUUUACUCCUUGCUUAUUUCCUUCAAAAGUCUAAGUCUAUUGCAAAUAUUGAUUAUACAUAAUUUUUUUAAGAAAUUAUAACUUCUUCUGUACGUUGAAAGUAUCGGCUUGUACAUUAUUUUAAUGGAACUUGCAAUGAAGGAAUCUCUUCAGGUCAAUACAAUUAACUUUCUGCUCGAUUGAAAUUAAUCAUAAACAAGAAAAUGGUUAAAAAUUAAUUAGCUGUGUAAUUUUGGGACUCAACGGAAUGAGACUGCUUUCUGUUAGAUUUAAAACAAUCAAAGUCAUAUCAAGCCCACCCUCAAACACUCGAAAAUUGCGGAAUUAUCUAAUUUCUGUUUUUAGUACAAACUGGCAACUACAUAAAUUAUAAUUAGCUCGCAACUUUCGUCUGAAACUUAAUUUGCCAACUUCGAGAAGUAAGCCAUGACCAUGACUAACAAAACAAAAAAAUUUGCCUAGGGUCAAGCUUGAUAUACCCCAAACCGCUUGUUCUAUCACUUAGUGUAAACCACGAUAUUUGUGUAAAUGAAUGUUGUUAAAAAAAACCCAUAGAAUCGUCUAAUAAAUUCAUUACUUCUCUGAGAAUAUUAAGAAAGCAUAGGAAUGCGGUAUUUUUUGUGCUUAAAGUAGAAAAAAAAUAUCUGCAUAAAAUUUCAACUCCUCCGAAAAGAAACCCAUAGAUUUACCUCCAUCAAAAAUGAACUAUAUGACCUGGUAUUAAUCCAAAAUUUCAAUAGUAGCUUCACACUUACUAAAGAAUUUAAUGAAAACAUGCGGUGAUGUUAAAAAAACUCACACGAAUAAAGAAAGUACGCAAAUGUACUUAUUGCAAAAGAAUGGUAACAGAUAUAUUAUAUAAAGUAUUACCUAUCAUUCUAAAAAACUACGAAUUCCGUGCCGGUGUGUCUUUUGAAACUCUCCACAAUAGGAAGAAUUUUAUGCGAUUCGUUCCACAAAUGAAAGCCUUAUUUAGAUAAGGGAUGAGUCAUAGAUUGGAACGGGUAGUAUUCUAGUCAAGAUGUUGUUCAUACUAGACUUCGAUUAUAAUAUUUCAAUAACAAAAUCUAUCAAUUUACCGAAAGCAAGGAUAUAUUUCUAUGUAAACCCUUUACAUUAUGUCAAGCUUAAGAUUUUCUCUUCUAUCGUUGCAUUAAGAUAGUAUUAUAAACUAUCGAGAACUAAUAAAAAUUACGCGUUAUCUGGUCAACCUACAGGCCGCAAAUUUUUAAUGAAAUUUAAUACAUGUGUUUUGGCCCAAAAAUAAACGCUAUUGAAAACGGUUCGGAUCUGACCACUUUUUCGAGCAAUUCCGAUAUAACAUCUUAUUUUGAAAAGUCGAUACGUGGAUAACUGUAAGGUUGUGGGGGUAUUUAAUGAUGUGCCGAGCCCUACUAAAGCAUUUCUACUUGUUUUAAUUUAGAUAAAUAUUUAUUAUAGAUUGUACUUUACAGUUUUUAAUUCACUGCAAUCGUGUUUUCAAGCGAAUUGUUAUUGUAUUGAGCAUUUAGUUAUACAGUUACAUGGUAAAUAUUUUUGAUCCAAGUUUUAGACUAUUGUCUGGUACUGGUUGAAGAUACAAUUUCUUGCCUGUUAUGGCUCGCAUCUCAAUUUUUGUCAUCGCAAGGAUUAUAAGCAACGAUGUAUGUAUAUAGCCGUCGAAAUACACUGUUGGACGUAAAUUUUAUAUUUUACUUUUAUCAUUAGCAAAAAUCGAACUGCAUAACUUAAAAAAGCUGUUGAAAACUGUUGAGAUUUGGGAUAACUUAUUGACAGAAUACAUAAAAGUUAAAUCAAUUUUAGAGCUUCUCAAUCCAUGAUUAAAAAUCAAUUAUAUAUAUUUACUAAUUUGAAUAUAUUAACAUUUUGGCUCAAGCAAUUCUUUCAUUCUUGUUUUUAGUUAUUGGCAGAAUGUCAAAAAGCUUUUUAUCAAUGAAUGACCUAAAUCAUCAUAAUUAAAAGAUAAGAGUUUUAUUUUUUCUUCAAAUUUUUUUUAUUUUUUUUAUUUUACAUGUGAUUUAUUAUACACAUAAAUAUAUGGCAAUUUAACAGAGAAUAAUUACAAAAAGAAACUGUCUGUUGACAUUAUAUUGUAUUCUUCUUGCACUUUUAAUUUUUCUUUACAACUAUGCUUACACAUACACACAUACAUGUAGGCACACACACACAAACAUAAGGGGACGAACACACACUUAAUCAUUUAUACAUCUACAGGCAUAUAAAGGUCAUCGAUUAUGCACAGUAGCACUUUCGUAUUUUUAUUUUUUUCUUUCCUUUUAUUUUCAUAAAUUCUCUAAUAAAAUAAAUAAGUUACAAUAAAAAGUUGACUUGUGUUAUAAAUAUUUUUUUUGAAGCUCCUCAAGAAUGUAUAGCCGUGUGUAAGUGUGUGUAAGCAUGCAGACUUCAAAAACUAACAACGAUUUCGUGUGGUAAUUAAAACUAGAAAACAAUUGUAAACAAAAAAAAAAGCAAAAAUAUAUCUUAAAUAAAUAGAACUAAAAUGUGGAUAAAUGUAAAAUGUAACAGAUGUAACAUACACACGUACUCACACACUCUCAUGCAUAUAUGAAUUGACAAUUAAUAAUGAUAUAUAUAUAUAUAUAUAUAUAUAUAUAUAUAAGGAAGUUAAAGAAAAGCGAACGACUGCAUGCAUGUGGUUUAGCAAUUUUUUAUAGCAAGCACUAACAA